AUGAAACGAUCGACUAGUAAUGUUCGAUCAUGGCGAGCUUUAUGGUUUUGGUUCAUUUUACGUUUACGAAGAUGUUUCAGAUUACGAUAUUUAUUAACUUUAUUUAUUCUUUCGAUUGUUUUAACAUAUGCAGGUCAUAUAAAUGAUACUCUUUCUAAUCAAUUAAUAUUUAGUGGAUCUGAAUCUAUUAUAGAAGAAGAAGAAGAAGAAUUAAUGAUAGUUAAUUAUACUCUUUUUAAUCAAAAUAAUUUGAAUCAAACUGAAUUUUUACUUCAUUCAUAUAAUAAUAAUAAUAAUAAUAAUGAUAGUCGACCACAACCAACUAUUCAACGAUUACAAAAACUUUUUCAAAUUCUUCUAUCUUAUGAAAAUAAAUAUGAUAAAAUCUUUGAUUAUUUAGGUAUAUUUCGUUUUAAUAAUUUUCCUAAUACAUUAUAUUUAUUUGCUAAUAAUACUGAAUAUUUAAAAAAUAUUUAUUGUCUUUUUCAAAAAUAUAUAAAUAUAUCUGAUAAUGGUUAUAUUAUUAAUAUAAAUGAUGAUUUAAUUUCUUAUUUAAAAUUAAUUUCAAAUUAUUUAUCUGAUGGUUUUAAAAAUAAACAUUUAAAUUGGAAUAAUAUUUCAAAAACUAAAAUACAAAAACCAGUUAUUAUUCUUGCAGCUAAUUCACAUUUUUUUGAUACAUUACAAGCAUCAAUGCGUACAAUAAAUGAACAUUUAAAUGAUUAUAAAAUUGCUAUUUAUGAUCUUCAAUUUAGUUCAAUUCAAUUAAAAAUGAUCAAAGAAAACUGUGAAAGAUGUACAAUUAUUCCAUUUCCAUUUACUCGAAUCGAAUCUGUAGCUCCUCAUAUUCGAAAUUUAGGUACUUUUGCUUGGAAACCAAUCGUAAUUCAGGAUGCUAUACGACGUUUUGGUUCUAUUAUUUAUGGUGAUACAUCAAUUCGUUAUAAAACAUCAAAAUUUGAUCAUUUACUUAUUGAUAAUCUUAUACGUGGUUUUUCAUGUCGUGAAUUACCUGAACAUUAUUUAUCAUGUUUUACUUUAGAAAAAACAUUUUUAUGGUUUAAUGAAACAUCUUCAUCAUUUGAUAAUAUAUAUAUAGCUGAAGCUGGUUUUCUUGCUGUAACAGAUAAUUUUCUAUCACGUCUUAUACUUAAAACAUGGGUUACAUGUGCACUUGAUAU